AUGAAUGAAGAUAUACUUUCGUUCCUGUUUAAGUACCCCAUUAGCAAAUUAACAGCGGCCGAAUCAGCUCAGGUUGAAAUGCUAAUAACCACUCUAAUUACUCAGAAACCUGUACUAAGAGCUUCGGAUAUAUUCACUGUUGGAACGAGACUACUAGCAGCAGUAUAUCUCUGGAACAGUUGUGACCUACGUACUCGUAGCUCUACAAUUCCAAGCGUCUUGGACGAAAUAAAUCAGCAAAAACAAAAGAUGUACAUAAGCACAGAGCACAUGAUGUUAGACGCAGUAAAACAAGUAGAAAAAGAACCCCCCAAGUCAAAAAAUAAAAUCUGCUUUUGCAAAUCAAUUUCACCCGUCCUUACAGUUUGCAGAUUCGUGGGGAUCUUCCCUGGCACUUGGACACACAAAGAUGGUAACUGUGUCUACGAAAAAUCAUGGUUUUGGAUGACGUACUCCAUAUUUAUUUACAUGUUGUACAUUUUUCAGUUAUUACAGUCUGUGGACUUUCCUAAGCUCACCUCCAGGAAAUCCCUGCCGAUUUUUCUGGAUGAUAUUACAGACGCCAUAUAUGGUAUCUACGUUAUUAUACUAGCCGUCACAUGCUUUGUGAGGUUUCCAAAAUGGUUGACGACUUUAAAUAAGUUGACUGUCCUGCUUAAGGAUGGUUUGUACUGUCAGUCAGCCAAGCAAGUAGUACUCAAGUUGCAGUACUGUUUUGUGUGCACUCAAAUACUAGCUUUGACCCUGCUGAGUUCUGUUUUGGCUUACCUACAUUACUCUGAUCACUACAAAACGAAUUUUGACUUUAGAAUCCUCAUAAAUAAAGGCAUACAAAUUGUUCCGUUUGUCCUGUAUCUGCAGUUUUUUACGAUUGUCGCGGUGUUCAUAGGAGUUUUGGGCUGCUUUGAAAAGCUCACUAUGAGCUGUCUUAAGUACACCCCUGUUCACCCCAUGAAGGGUAUCGAUGAAUCCAACAAUGUCAAGGACUUUUUCGGGUUUAUAAACUACGAAGUCUGCAAGCAAAAACACCUUUGCAACGGAAGAUUACUCAAACUUCCACCACCUCAGGUAGUGGAACAUUUGAGAAUUCUUCACGAGGAAAUCAGUCUCAGCACCUAUGACAUGAACAGCUGUUUCAACCCACAGUUCUUGAUACAUGCUGUUGUGGAAUUGACCGUUUUAAUCAUAACUUGGUAUGCCGUUAUAGCUUACAUCGCAUACGAUUUCAAAUCGCCCUAUGCUAAAACCAUACAAAUUUUGAACUGCGGAUUUGUAACCAUGCACACACUAGGAUUGUUCUUGUUUUUGAAGAACGCCCAGGAACUCAAGAAUAUGGUACGUAUAUAG